GGUGCCGACUACUGUUACAUUAUGUGAUAUAUAUAUAGUUCCAUACAAAGUGUUAAUUGGCAAUAAUAUACGCGUUUAUUUUAAAAGCCGAAUUUAAAAAAACGGGUGUAAAAAUACAGUUGAUGUAUUGGUACUUGUUAAAAAGUUAACAAAAAUCAUCUGACUUUGACGAUAGCAUCCAAAUGCUAAUACUCUAAAUGGAGUGCUCACUCCGAUUGAUAAUGUUCAGUCGCUUUGCUGAAAGCUUGGGAGUGAGUGACACUUUUAAAAGGCGUCACUGACCUGUUUUGUAACUACAAAUUAUUAACAUAUCCUCGUAUUGCUUGACCCGUGAUUAAUGGAUGUAACCUGUACCGUAGCAACGUAUCGCGAAUGUUAGCCCAAGCCUUAAGACGAGCUAAAUACACUUGGUGUUAGCAAUGCUAGCUGUGUUGUUCUGGCCGCAGUCUUAACAGUCAACCGAGCGUCUUCGUUUGAGUCUUCUAUGCCGGCUAAUAUGGCACACAGGACAGAAGUGUUCCAGUCAAAGGUACUCCAGAAGCUUUACCCUGCAGCCCCUAAAUCGGACAAGGAACCCAGCUCAGCGUGCACAGUGGCAGCUGUAGCCCCAACAAUAUAUACGAAAAGAAAAGCUUCUCACAGUCACGGUAAUAUAGAAAUGACACCAAGUGCGAUCAAAACUAGGCGAAUGUACACUGUCAUACCACCUCCUACAGACUACAAUGCAGAUCCUGUCACCCUGCUCCAGCAUGAAAUAAUCAUGGAAGCUUCAUCGGAGGAAACCACUGUGGUUGCAACAUUGUUCCGAUACUGGAUAACAGACAUUCUUCCCAUGAAGAGAGGCAAUGAAAGUGAACUUUAUACAACACAACCUUACAACAACAGACAUUCCACCCAAGCCUACCAUAAUGUGUAUGUGGUGCGUCCACCGGAAAAGACCAUGCCUGGCCUGGCUAUGCUCUUAGGGGCCGUGGGGAUCGGGAUGUGCGGUUACAGCUCCAGGCAGUUGGCUCUCUACCACCGACCUUCCAGCCGUGUGCUGCAGUGGGUUGGAUCACACACUGACGCCACAAUGGCGGGCACUGCUGCCUACAGGACCCCCUUCCUGGAUGCUACCCGCAGGGCUGGAGCUUGCCAGGAGAUCACCCCUCCCUCAUUUGUUGGCCAGAAGUUUGUUUGAGGCAAGAUUGGUCAGUCACAGGUUUAUUCUCAGUAACCACACUUGUGUGUGUUGAAGAUUGUAGCUAUGCUGGCCCAUUGUGUAAAUGAGGCCCAUGUGCUCUCUAAUGACAUGUAAGUGUGGGGACCUGGAUGAGUCAAUCUGUGUGUUGACAGGAAAUUGGAUAUACUAGUUUUGUAGCUUCAGCAAUAUGGUGGAAAUAAUGUGUUACAAUCUCUGACAGUAGUGUGUUAUUUACUGCCAUUGCUGUGUAAGCACUCUCAUUGUUCAAUAUGGCUUGAUUAUGUUUACCGUAGAGGCAGUUUGUCAUAAGGAUAAUGCAAAAAGGGACUAAUUCUUGGCAGGGGUCAUUUAUGUGGAGAUGGUUUGCAAAACUCUCUGUGGCCUCACCUCCCCAAGAAGACCGGCAGUAUUAAAGCUGCCCAUCCCAUGCUGAAUACCUCUGGGCUGUCAAUUAAGGAUAAUGUGGAGGUUGUAGGUUGGCUUUGUAACCCAAUUAGUAACCUAUUGUUGGUAUCUAGAUCUGGAUGGUGAUGAUGAACAGCAGGACGUGGCAGCAUCCAUUAGUUUUUUUCUGGAUUACAUGAUAGUGACAUGCAAUGAUUCUUAAACUUGCAUUCCCUUAUAGAGAUUAACCCAGGUGGCAAACCACAAAACCAUUAAUCUGGUUUAAAGCGUAUCUCUUAAGAGACAGUCCCUGUGCAUCCAAACAUUGUACCUUUCUCCCUGCAAUGUCCACCAUUUGUCUCACUGCCAUGGGGGGAUUGCAAUGGUGUUGCAUUGAUGUUUCCGUUUUGUGAUCACCAAAAAAAUGUAGCAGUUCAUAAAACGGGGCGUGAACUGUGGCGAGGCAUUGAGCGUGGUUGAGGAAGCGUGCUGUGCCUUAGGGAGAGCACAGGGUCUGUCGAAUUGAUUUGAGAUGAUGAGUUUUUCAUGGGCAGGACCACAGGCUGUAGGGAUCAUUGUUACAGACAUUCUUGUCUGACCAAACUAACCAGUAACUAGUCGUGAUAGUUGGGGGACAAUAUCAGGCGUCCUGAAGUCAAAACCAAGUAAGGCACAAGACCAUAAUCGAAUAAGCAUUGGAUGUUGAAAAACUGGAAAGAGACUACCUGUAACAAGUUUAUAACGGUUAGUCUCCAAGCAACAGGUUCAGCUGUGAGGAAACAGAGGAUGCAUCUAUGUCCUUACAUUCAAGUCUGACAGUUUUUUAUUGAAUGGUCACAGAACCUCCUUUAUGUUGAGCCAGUGCUCUUCCAUAGGAGUGGAGUCAACAUGGGAUGGGUUGCAGGUUACGUAAUGCACCUGGCUGAUUGACUCUGCCAGAUUUGUUUGUUGGCUCUGAAUUUACCUAUUGAUCUCAACCUUUACAGUCAGAGAGAGGGAGACCUUGGGCGACGCCUCUAUGCAGCAAACUGUUUCACCCCCAUGCUCCUCUAUUUAUGAGGGAUUACUGUUAAGUGCACAGAAAAAAUGAAUAUCUAGACAGUUUAGAAAAUGAUCUUCUCUAUUGCUCAUGUAUGACUUGACACAAAGUUGACUUCAGCUGUACCCAUUACAUAAUAGACAAUUGUGAUGUCAGUAUAUGUGAAAUAAAUUUUAAAAAUCCAGCAAA